AUGGGAUCGGUGGUAAUCGCCUUCUCCGGUGGCGUGGACAGCGCGUUGCUGGCAGUCGUGGCGCACCGCGUCUUGGGCAGCAACGCGCUGGCGGUUACCGCAAUCUCGCCGGCGCUGGCAGCCCGUGACCUUGGCGAUGCUGAACAGGUGGCCGAUCAGUUCGGGAUCAACCAUCGGGUGAUCCGCACCGCCGAACUGGAACGAGAGGGUUACGUUGCCAACACGCCAAUGCGGUGUUACUUCUGCAAGACGGAAUUGUACGAUCAGCUGGGUGUCGUCGCUGCCGAUGAGGACAUCGCCUGGAUUGCCAACGGCGCCAACACCGACGAUCUGGGGGAUUAUCGUCCCGGCAUGACGGCGGCAACUGAGCACAAUGUCCGCAGCCCGAUGGUGGAAGCGCAAAUUGAUAAGGCGCAGGUUCGGGAGGCGGCUCGCUGGCUGGGGGUGCCGUUGUGGGACAAGCCGGCGCAGCCCUGCCUGUCAUCCCGGAUACCGUACGGCACGCCGGUGACCAUCGAAUCGCUGGGUCGGAUCGAAGAAGCGGAGGAUGCGUUGCGGGAGCUGGGACUGCGGGAGGUGCGGGCGCGUCACCACGACCGGCUGUGCCGGGUCGAGGUGGGUGAGAACGAGAUGGACCUGGCGUUUGAGCGUCGGGCGGAGAUCGUGAGCCGGCUCAAGGCUCUGGGAUACCUGUGGGUGUCUCUGGAUUUGAGCGGCCUGCGCUCGGGCAGCCUCAACGACGUAUUGCGAACCACCGAGACCGCGUCUGGGGCGUCGUAA